AUGAAGAUGGUGAAAAAGAAAAAGAAUGCUGCGCGGCGAUCUGCUCGUGAAGAGCACAAACUUGCCAAAAAUGCAAAGAAGGAGCACCGAAAGCGGGACAGAAAAACAUACACAGCAGACAUGUGGGCUGUACCACCCCCAUCGCACCUUGUUGCAAGAUUGGAGGUUCCAAAGCACAAAUCCAAGUAUCACUCCUACUUUGAGUUUGCGGAAAACACCGAGAAGAAGAAGAAAAAGCUGGAGUUUAAGGUUACAGAUGAUUCGAAUCCACCACCAGGUUUCAAAUUUGUUCCCAUUGGAGAUCCAACCUUGACAAGUGCAUGCAAAGAACUUUCUAGAGAGAGGGAUGCUAUGAUAUUCAUUGUUUCUGGAUCGAAAGAAGAAAAUUCCAAGAUAUCCGAACACAUAUAUCGAACUGGAUAUCAUUUUCGAGAGAGCAUCGUCGACGAAGCCCGAGAAAUGGUCGGGGAGACCACUGUUUCUAUAACGGCAGACGGGUCCAGAAAAGCAGAACCUAUUCCGGAAUCACAGGAAGAGAUAAACAAGCAGGCCGAUGGUGCAAUCCGAGAUCUAUUCCCCAGAAUACCCAAUACCGACCGGCAGAUGAUCAUUGAACAUGCUUUUAAGAAGGGCGCAAUGUUCCACGGUGAACCAACAGUUGGCCUGCAGCCGGGCAUACCUUUGUCUCGUCGAGUCCAGCUUGCUGUUCUGGCCCACAUUCGACACACUCAUACAAGAUACGAUCAACUUCUCAAAGAGACAACAUGGAUGAACGCACGAAAAGCUGUUGAGCCGGUGUGCUUAGAUGUCCUGGUUAAAUGGCGUGGCGAUGAAGAAACCGGACGGGAUCAAAUGGAUGAGAUUCUUCGCGAAGUCGUCAUCAUUACAGAUACAGAAGAAUCGGAAGAGAGUUCCGAUGAUGAUGACAGUUCUGGAGAGGAAGGCGAAAUCACUUCUUCGAGCUCCGCAAGCCUUUCCCAACCAAAUUCACGCACCCAAAACCGAUGCGCUCCGAUGUCCAUUCCAGUGGCAGAACCCGGGGCGCUUGGCCAACUUAACCAAAAUUCGGAUAUAGAAACGACGGCUCCAGUCGCUGUGUCAUCACAGAACCAUUCCAAGCGUAACGUUAAAGCUCAGAGAGACAAGAGGGCACAGCGCGGCUUCAAACGCUAUCAGGCAGCUUGGGAGCAAGCUGUUAGUAGACGCGAAGCUCAAGGAAAUACCCCUGCAGACACGCCUUACGAAGAUCUGACAAGUAGAAAGCGUCAGCAAGGUGUGGUUUCACCCAUCCAAGAACCAAACCAGUAUAUCGUGAAACCUACUACAAACCCCCAAGGGACAGCCUACGGUGCUCCGGAGCAACGACGAUACCCCGAUUCAAUACACGCUAGAAGACCAGAACCUUCCUACUCACAACAAAGACUAGCACCCCAACUAUUUGUGGACAGAAAUGAGGUAAUGGUUAGACCCCAGGCUGAGCGUUCUGCAUACUUUCAAGAUGCUCCACCACGCAUUGGCACUUCCUCAUAUCAGUCUAGGGAGCAGAGACUGCCAUUGAUGGUGAGAGGGACCCCGCCAAGUCAAGGCCUACAAGACUUGCUUGUGCCCUCAAUUGAAACAGGCUCAAGCGAUGCACUGGUUGAAUCACCUCGCCCAGAGCUGCGGCGUGAGAUAUAUCGUGGUUUUGAUCAAGAUUCAUAUCCGAGGCGCGCGGUUGAACGCCGAAGGCAGUCACCAGCAGGACACCAAGUUAUCGUGAUCAAUGAUAAUAGUCCGCAGGCCAAGCGUCGUCGUGUGAUUGAAGAAGAUGACUUCGGUCACUUUAGACCUGUACCAUUGCAUAAUGAGAGGGUUUAUAGCAUAGCCCCUCAUGCUGAUUCUCAUUUAAUGCCCGCGUCGUCUCUUCAGCCCAGAAAUUUUCAUACUCAAAAUCCGAGAACACCAUGCCAAUCAAGUCAAGAUUUGUUGAGGGACACGCAACAGUCGUUGACAGGCCCUUCUGGAGAACGAAUCCCUGUUUACGAUGCGCCUGUAGAGUCUGGUUAUCUUGCAACAACGCCUAGCCAUUUCAGAAGAACAGAAAUUGGUGUUGGUUCUGGAUAUCAAUGGGAAGUACCUCACACCAGGGGUGAGAUGGAUUUCCCUAGACAUCUUCCUGAUAACGUCAAUGAGAACUUGUAUCUUCGUCAACCAGUCGCUGAAGAAUUCAGGAUGGUUGAUCGCGGUCAAGCCGUUCGACUGAAAGAGCCCGACUUCGGUCCCAUGAAUCAGGGUCAGAGAUCCUCGUCAUCAAGUGUUCCUGUUCCAUACAGAGUUUCUCGUUCUUAUGAAAUGAACCCUGAUCCCGUAUAUCCAGACCAGGCUUUCAUUCAUACUUUCUCUCAAUCUCGACAUGACCCUCCCUUGCCGAAAGCAAGAGAUGGGACCAACCUCCCCCCUGAAAGAUCUCAUCAGAAUUUUGUUAGUCAGGACAAUAUUCCUCAGCGGUUUGAGGACCAGUCAGCUAGGUCAUUUACAACAGUUCGCCCUGCUCAAGCGAGGUCUCCAGUACAAUACGUGGAAAGACCCAUGUACUACAGGGAAGACAUUCGCGAGCCUGCGUUGCAUGAGCAGGGCCAAACACAGAAUUUGGGACGCCGUUAUAUUGUCGAAAGGCCGCCAGCAACUAUGAGAGAGCGUCCACCACCGCCCGAAUCUGGUGGCGAUUCCCCAAUAUAUGUUCGGACGGUCCCCAGACACCAAGUCAUUGCUCUUGAAUAG